UGCAGGUUAGUUCAAUAGGCGAAAUUUGACCAACCGUACGGCAUAUUUUUGCAGACAGGUCUUCUCCAUUUAAUUUGUGUUUUUUACUUGUAUAAAAUCUUUUCAAUUGCAUUUAAUACUAAGUCGAGUGAGUGAGAAUGGCACAAAGCAAACUGAAUGAUUUGGCUGGUAAAUUCGGCAAAGGUGGUCCACCAGGAUUAACUACGGGCAUAAAACUACUGGCAGCUGUUGGUGCUGCUGCUUAUGGUAUCAAUCAAUCUCUUUACACAGUGGAUGGUGGUCACCGCGCCAUCAUUUACAGCCGUAUCGGUGGUAUACAAAAUGAUAUCUAUUCAGAAGGUCUACAUUUCCGCAUUCCCUGGUUCCAAUACCCAAUAAUUUACGAUAUUCGUUCGCGUCCUCGUAAGAUUUCAUCACCGACAGGUUCUAAGGACUUGCAGAUGAUCAACAUUUCUCUGCGUGUACUCUCUCGACCCGAUUCUGUGCGUCUUCCCGUAUUGCAUCGUCAACUUGGUCUCGACUACGACGAAAAGGUUUUGCCUUCAAUUUGCAAUGAAGUGCUGAAAAGUGUUGUGGCGAAAUUCAACGCUUCACAACUGAUCACACAGCGUCAGCAGGUUUCACUGCUUAUCCGAAGGGAAUUGGUGGAGCGCGCACGUGACUUCAAUAUCAUUCUGGAUGAUGUUUCUCUUACUGAAUUGAGUUUUGGUAAGGAAUAUACAGCCGCCGUCGAAGCCAAACAGGUGGCACAGCAGGAAGCACAACGUGCUGUCUUCUUUGUUGAGCGUGCCAAGCAAGAGAAACAGCAAAAAAUUGUACAAGCUGAGGGUGAAGCUGAAGCAGCUAAAAUGUUGGGUAUAGCUGUGAAAGAGAAUCCUGCCUACUUAAAAUUGCGUAAAAUACGCGCUGCACAGAGCAUAGCAAGAACUAUCGCUAACUCACAAAACAAGGUCUACCUCUCAGCCGAUAGCUUGAUGUUGAACAUUCAAGACGCUAGCUUCGAUGAUAUGACUGAGAAAGUUUACAAAAUCCAAUCGGGUUGGUUUGAUGGAUCUAAUAAGCAAAAGAGCGGCACUGUUGGCGCCGUUGCGCAACGUACAGCAGAUCGCUUGCUUUGAAACGAAAGUGGAAAGUUGCGCACAGUUUUACUAUAAAACACAUUUACAACUAAAUUGUUACAACAACUACAAGUACCUAAAUAGAAAGAGAAGAAGAGGAAUAGUUUGAAUGUUCUUUAAAGAG